UUCGGUUAUGCAAAGAGAAUAAGAGCGUAAGGAACGAAUUUCUCCGAUAUUGCUGUCACUAUUUGGACUUGAUCUUUUGCUGAAAAUAUUGAAUUAAAAUAUCGGCAAUGUAUUCGCAUUCAAAGGGCUCUGGAUUUGAUUUGUCGGUCGCGCAGUAUGCCCCAAGUGGGCGUGUCCUGCAAAUCGAAUAUGCCACCAGGGCCGCUGACAAUAGUGGCACUGUCAUUGGCAUUUGUGGCAAGGACUCUGUGGUGCUUGCCGUUGAAAAUCUAAACAUAAGGCAGUUAUUUGAGCCCGAUGCCAAUCAACGCAUCUUCAACAUUGAUGGCUCCAUUGGCAUGGCCGUCGGCGGGCUGCUGGGCGACUGCAACGUUGUGGUGGAUCGCACCCGCCUGGAGGCCGCCAACUUCCGGCAAAAGUAUGAGCGUGGCAUUGCCCUGGAGGCGCUCUGCGAGCGCGUGGACAUAUUUCUGCAUGCCUACACUUUGUACAGCUCCACUCGUCCGUUUGCUCUGACCAUUAUGCUGGCCGGAUGGGAUUCGGAAAAGGGACCGAGACUCUACAAAAUUGAGACAUCAGGCAUCACCACGGGACACUUUUCCUGCUCCUUCGGCAAGGCAGGAGAGAGGGCCCAGAGCGAAAUGAACAAAUUUAAGUUUAAUGAUUUCACUACAGAUCAGCUGGUCAACGCGGCUAGUGAAGUCGUUCAUGAUGAAAGUAACGACAAAAACUUUCGUUUGGAUGUGGGCUUAGUCGGUGGCGAAACCAAAGGAUGUUUUCAAUACAAAUCCAAGACAUUCCCCAAGAAGAACAGAAGACCCCAAGUUGCAGGAGAGGCAAAUGAGAACAAAGACGCCAAAUAAUGUACAAUCUACAACUAAUGAACCAACACUACAAGGCAACAUACCAAACAAAUAUGCAAAUCAACAGAGGGGCGCUGCUGCAUUACACGAAACACUUACACACUGAAAUCUGAAGUUAAUUAAACUCCGUAACAACUGUAGAAGUAUAUGUUAAGCAUGUGUGUGUUUGGAUAUAUAAUUUUGAGUACUUUCCAUAAAUUCAGGAACAUUUAAUUAAAUG